AUGAUAGUCUUACCAGCUCCAUACAUGUUAAUACCCGGUGUAUUAUCUCUUCCUUAUUUAGUCGAGUUUUUGGUGCUUUCUGUUUGUAUAAUAUUAACGACUGCGCCAAUAGUUCGACUCUUUUCAUUAUUUACUAUUCCGUAUUCUAUUGCUCAUUUUAUUGUCGCAAUGGUGUUUUACUUUGUGGAUUUUUCCGAUCAUUGGGCAUACUCGUUACUUGGACUUUCGUUUGGCAAAUCGAGUCAAGCGUUUUUUAUUACACACCAAAUCUUUGUUGGUCUUAUUGCCGUCUUUUCAGUGUUUGCAAUACUCACAAAUGCAAAGCACUUUGAGUACUUCCACACGACACUGGUGACUACUUUUGUGUCAACACUCUUUUUUGUUUCUUCGUUUCUUAUUAACACAUCUCAAGGUGGGAUCAUACCAAUUCUGUUUUUCUUGACAUCACAAGUACUAUUUAUUACACCAAGAAAAUUAUUUAUUUACAUCAACGGGUCUUCGGUGUUUUUAAUGUUCAUUUACUUACUCGUUCUCUCCCUUUGGAAUUUAUUUGCGUCAGUUGCAGACCGAUUUGGGUUUUUUGAUGGGAGUGACAAUGAGACUUUAGAGAAGGCGAUGGGGUUUAUUGGGUUUGCGGAGGUCGCAUAUCCUUCGUGGAUCUUCUUUUCGAUGAAUUAUGGUGCUUAUUUAGUCUUUCCCUUAAUAUGUGUCUUUACACAUGUAACCCUAAUUGGUCACAAAGAAAAGAAAACGAGUGUCGCACAGAUAGCCACUGAAUUACAGACACAAACUGAAAAUGAUAAAGAUGUCAUAGACAACACUGUAUUUGAUAAGUCAAUGUCAACCAAAUUGUUGCUGAUCCAAAUAGCUCAGAUGACUUUGAGAACAGCAAUUACACUACUUAAGGUGGGGAUCCAAAUUUUAGUGAAAAGUGGUUUGAUCAUAUCACUUGCUGUAAUGUUCUGGGUGGGUCUGACUGAUGUCUCUAUCUUUGGGUUCUCGUUCAUGUUGAUAUCGCUCAUCUUCAUAUUUGUGCCCCUCAGCUAUGCGCGGCGUGCAUGGCCGAUAGUCAUUGUCUUCACUUCACUCAUCAUAUUACUUCAAAUGGUCAUUCAAUUGUCGUACAUCAAUGUCAGCAAGAUCCCUCAAUAUGUUGGACUCUUCAAAUUCAACGACAACGAAUUGGGGAACAAAACCAUUGACUUUGAUGACACUCAUCUGGAAGAGUUGUACCCCAAAAUCAUACUUUUGGUUGUAGCGAAUCUGCAGUUUUAUGCGAAUCUCUUGGGGAGUAAAGUGUCUGAUGCGACGUAUGGCGUGAAGGUGUUUUACUAUUGUGCGUCACGUUUGAUUGACUUCUGGGGGAUCUUCAUUUGCUGUGUUGUCAUAGCAACAGCAGCCUUUUUUGAAGAUGUCAAUUUGGAGCUGAUUUUGUAUGUUGGGGCGCUUGCCCUUCUUGUGUUGAUACAAACCCAUUUCAGCUGUUACAAAGUGAUUAUCCGAACGAUGUUGCCGGUGUAUUCGAUUGUGUUCUUUGUGAUAUUACUUGUGAGGUAUGUAGUGCAACUGACCGAGACGGAUGAAGAGAGAGGGGAUUUGAGUGAAAUAACGGAGUGGCAUCAAGUGUUUACGAACAUGAGUAUGUCUGAAUUAGGGUUUGUGAAGUACACCACUGUGUGGCAACGGUUUAAAGGCUUUUUACCGAACAUAGCGGUCAUAGCGUGUUGUGCGAUAGAGAGUCGGAUGCUGUUUACGAUACCCCGGUACCUCCAGAAAGUGGUCCAUGAACGAUCUGAGAAGAAAAAGAGGUAUGAGAAGUAUCAAGAGGAAAUGAAUGCGCGGUUAGAGCGAUCGAUGGCGAAUGAGAGUGAGAUGGAAAUAUUGGCGGAGGGUCCGACGCACGACGGAACACUUUUGAAACAACGACCGCCACUCAAUUUUGAAGAAAGGAGUGGGGAACUGAAAGAACUGAGUAGUUCGCAAAUAUUAGAUAAUGAAAAGAAGACGGCACCGGAACAGAAAAUCAGUUCCCAAGCGGAAUUGCUUCGACAUGUUCGGAAGACUGAGGGAUAUAAGACGGUGCCACGACCUCAAAUGAAUAGAGGAGAGGAUUCAAUUCAGUCGAUGAGAAGAAGUGAAUUGGUGGUGCCACAAAGAGAAUUAAGUGAUACACAAGGACCAGUUGGAAUGAGUAUAGAUGGCACAACAUGUCCACAAAGAACACCACCAAAUCAAAUGAGGUUGACGAAGAAUAUGACUUCAUUUAAAAUGGCAAUGAAACAAACUAUGCAUGAGUCGUUUGCCCCAAAUACCGUCUCUUUUGAAGGAGAAACGGGAGAUGCGAGUGUUUAUAAAUUCAUCGAAGCGCCACGUCUGGUGAAGAGCAGUGGGUACUUUGUCAUGCGAUUUCUGGCGAUCUAUAUCCCACACAUUUCUGUGAUCUGUGCGAUUGUGAUUGCCGCGUACCCGUCGAUUAAAACCAAAUUUUCGGAGGACAAUAAAAACGAGGUGGUGCAGACGUGGGACAUCCUCCACUUUUUAGUGUUUUUGACGACGAUGUUGUGUCUCAUCUCGAAGAGAGGAUUUAAUAUUGCGUGUGCGCCGUUGCUGUGGGUGUGCACGUUUUGUAUGUUAGUGACCAUCAUACCGAAUUUCCGAUCGAUCAAUUUGCUGAUCGACCAGUCGGGGAUGUUCAAGAAUGUCGAGUAUAAGAAGUGGGCGUACAAUUUGAUUGGGAUCAAGUCGUGU